CAUGGCGCUGUUCCCGGAGCGGAGCCGCGGCACCGUGAGCGGCCUGUGGCGGCUCGCGGUGCUCCUGCUCGCCGUGUCGUCGCUGCCCGCCGCCACGGCGCUGCUGGAGGGGCUCUACUGCGGGACGGAGGUCUGCUACGACGUGCUGGGAGUCUCCCGGGAGGCCUCCAAGGCGGAGAUCGCGAGGGCUUACCGGCAGCUGGCCCGCCGGUACCACCCGGCGUACCGGCCCGAGGAGCCCGGAGAGGAGGAGAACGCUCACUCCAAGUUCCUGCUGAUCGCGACGGCUUAUGAGACACUGAAGGAUGAAGACUCGCGGCGCGACUACGACUACAUGCUGGACCACCCUGAGGAAUACUACCAGCACUACUACGCCUACUACCGCCGCCGCCUCGCCCCCAAAGUCGACGUCCGGAUCGUCAUCCUCGUCACCAUCUGCGCCAUCUCUGCCGUCCAGUACGUCAGCUGGUGCAGCAGCUACAACAAGGCCAUCAACUACCUGGUGACCGUCCCAAAGUACCGGAUCCAGGCCACCGAGAUCGCCAAGCAGCAGGGCCUGCUCAGCCGCACCAAGGAGAAGGGCAAGAACCGGCGCUCCAAGGAUGAGAUCCGCGAGCAGGAAGAGGAAGUGAUCCGUGACAUCAUCAAGAACAAGAUCGACAUCAAGGGCGGCUACCAGAAGCCGAACCUGUCGGACAUCCUGCUGUGCCAGAUGGCGCUGUUCCCCUUCUACCUGAGCCGCUACGUGGCGUGGUACGCCCGCUGGGUGUACCGCUUCACCGUCUGCCGGGAGGACUACGGCGAGGAGGAGAAGCUCUACCUCAUCAGGAGGAACAUGAAGCUGUCGCAGGCCCAGUUCGACAGUCUGGAGGAAAACGCCAAGCAGACGUUCCUGGAGAAGCAGCUGUGGGUCAGAGAAAACUACGAGGCGUACAGGAAGGAGCGCGAGGAGGAGAUGAAGGCCAAGCUGGCGACCGACCCCAAGAUGAAGCGGUACCGCCGCUGGAUGAAGAACGAAGGCCCGGGUCGGCUGACCUUCGCAGACGACUGACGGCGGCGCCGCCCGUCCAGAACCAACACGCCUGCCUCAGCGCCUGCCUCAGCACCGGCUCAACGCCCGACCGGCCCGGCCCGGUGCCGGCGCCGGCGGACUCCAGCCCGGCUGUUUGCAGCCGUUGCUACAGAUAUUUUCUACAGACGCGCCUCAGAGUGACUGAAUAAACUGCGAGCUGCAGCUUGAUGUAUUUCUCAUUCUAACAUUUUUACCCAUUAAAAGAAACAGAUCAAGUUUAUAUUUAAGGUUAAAAAAUCUUUGUGAUAAUUAUUUCCUCCACAUUCAGCCUUUGCAGCCUGAAAUAUAAAAAUAAGUGUCCUUUAAAAAGGCAGCAACAAAUAAACUCCUGCUGCUGAUGAAGCUGUUAAAGAGAUGAAUGUUUUCUUGCCUGCAGCGUCCCGACGGUUCGGUGCUGCAGCGUCCGACGGUUCGGUGCUGCAGCGUCCCGACGGUUCGGUGCUGCAGCGUCCGACGGUUCGGUGCUGCAGCGUCCCGACGGUUCGAUGCUGCAGCAUCCCGACGGUUCGGUGCUGCAGCGUCCGACGGUUCGGUGC